CUUUGUAAUCUGGACUCAGCAGUGAACUGAACGCUUUUACUCAAGGAUCAGCCAUAUUGCAGCUGCGGCUAUUUCUGCUGUGCUCCGAGUUUGUCUUCAGUCACAUCGGCUGCACCGCAGAGGGGAUAUUCCAACAAGAAGAGGCCUGGUAGCUGGUUCCACACUUGACCUUGAAAAGGACACAACAUGCCAAAACCUAUUAAUGUCCGCGUCACCACGAUGGACGCAGAGCUGGAGUUCGCCAUCCAGCCGAGCACUACUGGGAAACAGCUCUUUGACCAGGUGUUGAGGACUGCAGGACUCCGGGAGGUGUGGUACUUUGGCCUGCAGUACACAGACAGCAAAGGAUACCUCACCUGGCUGAGAAAUGAGAAAAAGGUGGUCGCCCAGGAGGUCAAGAAGGAGAACCCACUCCAGUUUAAGUUUCGGGCAAAGUUCUUCCCAGAGGAUGUCUCAGAGGAGCUGAUCCAGGAGGUCACCCAGCGCCUCUUCUUCUUACAAGUGAAGGAGAGCAUUCUGGGAGAUGAAAUCUACUGCCCUCCAGAGACGGCCGUGCUGCUCGCCUCCUACUCUGUCCAAGCUAAGUUCGGAGACUACAACAAGGACGCCAAUCAGGCUGGCUACCUGAGCUCUGAGCGCCUGCUGCCUCAACGUGUUCUGGAGCAGCACAAACUUUCCAAGGAGCAGUGGGAAGAGCGGAUUCAAAUAUGGCAUACGGAACACCGUGCUACACCCAAGAAUGAUGCUAUGUUGGAGUACCUGAAAAUCGCUCAGGACCUGGAGAUGUAUGGAGUCAACUACUUUGACAUCAAAAACAAGAAGGGAUCCGAUCUAUGGCUGGGAGUGGAUGCCCUGGGGCUCAACAUCUAUGAGAAGGAUGACAGGCUGACUCCAAAGAUUGGAUUUCCUUGGAGUGAGAUCAGGAAUGUCUCGUUUAGUGACAAGAAGUUUGUGAUUAAACCCAUGGACAAGAAGGCACCAGACUUUGUGUUCUACGCCCCUCGCCUGCGCGUUAACAAGCGCAUCCUGGCGCUGUGUAUGGGGAACCACGACCUGUACAUGCGCCGCCGCAAGCCCGACACCAUCGAGGUCCAGCAGAUGAAGGCCCAGGCCCGUGAGGAGAAGCACCAGAAGCAGAUGGAGAGAGCCCUGCUCGACAGUGAGAAGAAGAAGAGAGAAGCCAUGGAAAGGGAGAAGGACCAAAUGGAGAGAGAGAAGCAGGAGCUGAUGAUGAAGCUGUACCAGUUUGAGGAGCAGUCAAAGAAGGCGGAGAGAGCCCUGCAGGAGCAGAUAGACAGGGCCCUGCAGCUGGAGCAGGAGCGAAGGAGGGUGGAGGAGGAGGCAGCCAGGCUGGAGGCAGAGCGCUACGCCGCUCUGAAGGCUAAAGAGGAACUGGAGAGGCAGGCUGAGGACCAGGUCAAGAGUCAGGAGCAGCUGGCUGCGGAUCUUGAGGAGUACACCUCCAGGAUUGCAAUGCUGGAGGAGGCCAAGAGAGCCAAGGAGGAGGAGGCAGAGAGGUGGCAGUGUAGGGCUCAGGAGGUGCAGGAUGACCUACUGAAGACCAAAGAGGAGCUGAUCAUGGUGCAAACAGCCCCGCCACCGCCUCCUGUUGCCCCCCUGGUCGAAGAGCACGUGGACGAGAUCGAGCAGGACGACAGCGAGGAGAACAGCAGUUCCUACAGCGCCGACUUGCAGAACGAGGGCAUCGACGACCACCGCAAUGAGGAGGAGCGCCUGACCGAGGCCGAGAAGAACGAGCGUGUGCAGAAACAGCUAAUGGCACUGAGCUCGGAGCUGGCCCAAGCCCGCGAUGACAGCAAGACGACCCAGAACGACGUGCUCCACACAGAAAAUGUGCGCGCUGGCCGGGACAAGUACAAGACUCUGCGGCAGAUCCGUAUGGGCAACACAAAGCAGAGGAUCGACGAGUUUGAAGCCUUAUAAUAGAGUAUGUGCUCUGAAACCUUGCCAAAUGGAGCCCACUGUACCCAGGGCCACACCCUCUUUCGCCGCGGCCAUACCUACUAUCUCCAUAGCUACACCCUCUAUCCCCACAGCCCCUCCCACUGUCCCUGCAUAUAAAGCUAGACCCACCAACAGUUAGGAUAUUUGCAUGAAACCGCACAGAACUGUAGAUGUACCGAUUACAAUGAUGUUUCCAUAGCAGCUUUGGGUUUACAGCACUAGAGACAGUAGUUUAUUCUGCCCUCACCAAAUGGAUAGCCCUAUAAAUGUAUUCCUAUGGCUAAAUAAAAAAGCCUCUCUUACUUCAGAAAAGGUAUUAUUUUAAAGAUAGUUUCCAGUCUGCCUCCUUUGGCAUCUCAAAAUUUCAGAAUGAAUUAAAUGAAACAGCCAAACAUGUUAGGAAUGACUAGUAUGUAGAUUAUUAUGUUAAUGUGCUAUAUAUAUAUAUGACUGAAUUAGUCAGGUUGAGCUUGGAAAAAACAAAACCAGUCAGUUUACAAAUAUUGUAAGCAUGGCAGUUAAUUAAAUCAUAGAUAGUGAUAAAGUAGAGGAAAUUUUUGCUGAUUUAUUUCUGGACCUCAAUUUGCCAGUUAUCUUUGUUGAUCACUUAGGAUCAUUGGUGACGAUUGCUUUACCAGACAGUAAUAUAGCCUUGUGUAUACACAUAGGCAAAAUGACCGCUGUUGUAGAAAUGUUUGCAUAAACCCAUUUGAUCAAAUUUGCCUGCAAAUGGAAAAACGUUUCCGCUUUUACCUGAAAACAGCCGUGGGAACAUGGUCAAUUAGCUGCAUUUUUUACAAAAUGAUUUGUGCUUUGUGAAAACUUUUGCGGUGAAAUAACAGCAAGUCAGAAUUCUUUACUCAUUCUGCACCUGUAUUUCAUAUACCUGUUUAUAAUGCACAUAUUAUAACUGCAUUCAUCAUCAUCUGUUGUGUUUCAUUGUGAAUUAUAGAAGCAAGUACAGUAUUUUUGUAGUUUUAUGAAACUGUACUGUGUUCAAAUUAAAUAGGUAAAUAAUCACCCUGGUAUUGUAUUGGUAUAGCUUUUAAAAAAUGUUUAGCUUAUAUGUUACUAAAGAUAAGCAACCUUAUAUUCAUAUGUAGGCAAUUUAUUCCAUAUUUGCUUAGUCUGAUGCUUAGUCUGACUUUGGCCAGGGGGGUGCUGGUGUCUAGAAUAUAUGCUAUUUUAAAAGAAAUUAAGUGUUUUUGGAUUUGCUGUAGGAAUGGAUCAUGAAAGCUACACAGUGUAGUAACAUAUGGAUUCCAGUGAGUGCCUCAUAACCUGUGUGAAGGCGAAGUGCGGCUAUUCAGAAAGGUGGAAAGCAUGGCGUAAAAUUUUAAUUUGAUUUUCAGAGAUACACAUACACACGGAUCAUUCCUGGAACAAAAAUUAUGGGUUAUUUAAUCUUAGAUGUAUAUUUUUCUCUUCUACAAUUAUAUUAAAGUUUUAAUUUUACUGUGAGGUCCCUAUGUAAAGAGCAUUAACAGUUCUGUAUUUUUUUUUCCAUGCCAUGUGGUGUUUAACCAGUUGAAUUUAGCUUUGAAUUGGGCCACUUUGCUAUAUCCCGAAUUUCUUUAGUUAACAUCCAGACAUAUAUUACUAAUAAGCUAUUGAAUUGCCAUUGAUAAGGGCAUAUUCUAAGCAUUUGAAAAAAGUAUAAAUAUAUCAGACAAAAUUUCCAACUGCUACAAACCCUGUCAUCUGUCAUCCUGUCCUCAUUCAAAUAAACAUUUUCCUCAUUUAAGCACA